GUGUACGACGAGCGCUCCGGCGCGUUGUACGUCACUGAGCUGGGUCGCGUGGCCUCGCACUUCUACAUCCGCGCCGCCAGCAUGGUCACCUUCAACCGGCUGCUGCGGCCGCACAUGGGGGUGGGGGAGGUGCUGAGCAUGGUGGCGCAGAGUGCGGAGUUCGAGCAGCUCAUGGUCCGCGAGGAGGAGCUGCCGGAAUUGGACGAGCUGGCCCGCCGUGUGCCGUACCCGGUGAAGGGGCUGGGCGGCAAUGACAACAAGGCGGGCAAGGCGAACGUGCUGAUGCAGGCCUGGAUCAGUCGCGCCCGCCUGGAGAGCUUCUCGCUCACCGCCGACCUCAUGUUCGCCAGCCAGAACGCGCCGCGCAUCAUGCGGGCCAUAUUCGAGAUCUGCCUCAGGCGCAAGUGGAGCAGCAUGGCCGACACCUGCCUCACGCUGGCCAAGGCCCUGGAGCUGCGCCUGUGGCCGCACAACCACCCGCUGCGGCAGUUCGAGGGCACUCCAGGGCUGGGGCCGGAACUGCUGCAGAAGCUUGAGGA